UGUUCUUGUACGGUGUGUGUAUUUUUUUAAAAGCUCUAAAAUAGUACUAAUUAAUGCUCAAUAACUCAUUAGUGGCAAAAGAUGUGUCAGUUAUAGUGGGAGAUGGCCGAUUUCUGCGCGUAUAAAAAUGUGACGCCCAUUUUUGGAAUUAUCAGUUGAGUGGUUUCGUUCAAACCAUCUCAUUAAUAAAAUAUUGUCCUUUUUUGGGACACUACAGCUACUUAAAUAAGUGGCUUUCUCGAGAUGAAGUCGUUUGUUGUUGCCCUGGCCCUAAUUGGCUUCACACAAUGUGACAAAUUGGACCAUUUGGAAUACCUACCUCCAAACAACAGACCAGUGAACACGAAAUCCUUCGAUGCAGGACUGGCAGCACCUAACUCAAACUCUGGAUCUUCCGCUCCAGGUUUUGGAGGAAGUUCAAGCCCUGUUAGUUCCCAAUAUGGUGCUCCUUCAUCUCCUAGUUCAUCCAGUGCCCCUAGUAGCUAUUCAAACGGAGGUAGCUUUGCACCAAGCAGUUCUGCCAGUCCUCAAUAUGGAGCUCCUUCGGCUUCUGCUUUCGGGCAAGCCAGUUCCUCUAAUAAUGCUCCUAAUAGUUACUCUAACAGUGGUUCUUCUGGACCUGUUAGCUCUCAAUAUGGAGCUCCAUCAACUUCAUCCUUUGGAAAUGCUCCUUCUAGUUACUCUAAAUCUAGUAGCUUUGGACCAAGCACUUCAUCUGGAUCCCCUAGCUCCCAAUAUGGAGCCCCCACAGCUUCUGCCUUUGGACAGGCCAGUUCUUCAAAUGCCCCUAAUAGCUACUCUAACUCCGGAAACUUUGGAUCAAGUUCUUCAAGCUCUCCUUCCUCUGGAUCUCAGUACGGUGCCCCAUCACCCUCAGCUUUUGGACAAUCCGGUUCUUCCAAUACACCUAACAGUUACUCCAGCUCCAACAGUUUCGGAAGUACGUCUUCUCCUUCUUCUAGUUCUCAGUACGGUGCUCCUAAAGCUUCAGCUUUUGGACAGUCUGGUACAUCUUCAGGUCCUUCUUCUAGUUAUGGAGCUCCAUCAUCUGGAUCUUUCGGUUCUCAAGGAUUUGGAAAAUCAUCUCCUUCAUCCCAAAAUUCGUUUGGCGCACCUAGUUCCCAAGGAUCUUCGCCUUACGCUAAGAGUCAGUUUUCUGGCAGUUCCAACAAGUAUUUGGCUCCAGUAAACAGCGCUUCUGGAUCUGGUAGCUCUCAAAAUACCUUUGGAUACAACGCUGGGUCUUCUGCUCCUUCAUCAGCUGCUCCUUCAGGUCAAUCCAGCUAUCCUGGAAGUUCAUACCAGUCUUCCAACCAGCAACCAAGCAAUAGUGGAUACCAACAAAACAGUUUUGGAAACGGUGGUGCAUCCAGCUUUGCCAGUUCAUAUUCUUCUAAUCAGGGUUCGACCUCACAAUCUGCCCAACCCACUCAGCCAUCAUUCGGUUCUCAACCAAGCUCUGGAUCAUCAGGUUUUGGCGCCAAAUCUUCAGGACAUGGUUCGUUCUCACCAUCCUCAUCAGGAUACAACACCAAUUCCUUCAGUGGCAAACCUCAGGGAGGAUCAAAUUAUCAAUACAAUGCACCAAGUGCCCAAAAUGAUGACACCUACGAAGUAGAAGCACCUUCAGGAAGUUCUUCUGGACCAAGUCCCACACCAACCAACUUUGGAUCGUCCCCUUCUGGAUCUAGCAGUCCUAGCCCCUCAUAUGGUGCUCCUUCUGGACCAAGUCCUGCACCAACUAACUUUGGAUCAUUCUCUUCUGGAUCUGCCAGACCUAGCACUUCAUACGGUGCUCCUCAAGGUUCAUCCAGCUUCGGUUCCUUCGGAGGUAACUCUGGAUCUGGUUCUCAAACAGGAAGCUCGUCAUCUGGCUGUGGAUCAAACGGUUUCGGACAAUCUUGCGGUUCAUCGUCUUCAGGACCAGCUCAACCAAGCUCUUCUGGCUCAGGAUAUUCCGCACCUUACCAAUACAACCCACCUGCCAAGCCUUUUAACGCGCAAGGUUCCCAAAACGGUGGAUCUGCUCCUGGAUUUGGAUCUUUCGGAUCUCAGAGUACUCCCAGUACUCCAGGAAGUUCUUCAGGAUCUCAGAAUCAGCCUGGACAACAGGCUGUUGACGAAAAUGGUGGAUAUUUGUACUGAGAAGUGAAAAUAUUCGAAAUUUUCUGUAAACUAUUAUUUUAAUGCUAAAUCAGCUUUAUUUUGUAUUAUUUUUAUUAUGAUUUUUGUAUGAAUUGUAAUUAUUAAGGUAUUGCUCAAUACAGUGUAAUUAAAACUGCCAAAAAUAAAUAUUUUU